AUGUUGUAUGAAGGCACUCGCGUGCUUCUCCCUCAUCUCAUCCUCUUGUCUGCGUCGCUCGCUCAUCCGUUGCCCGCUCAUCCAGCACCAGAGGGCCCGCCACCACCGCCGCCACCGCGUUCCGAGCGGAGGUCACCGAGCCCCGGGGCCUACUCGAGGGAUCGGGACCGCGAUUAUGACCGUGACUAUGAGCGCCGUCGCCCGCACCGUGAAGACGACUAUGAUCGGCGCAGCCGCGACUAUGACCGGGACCGGGACCGCAGCCGCGACUAUGACCGCGAUCGCAGCUACGACCGAGACAGCGAGCGACGACCCAGCGAAGAUGGCAGUGGAACGGAGCGCCGUCGUCGCCGCUUUGACGCUCAGCCCACUCCUGAAGGCCGUGCCAUUGCUCAUGCCAUGAUGACAAACCCAGCCGCCGCCACCGCCAUGGUCAAUUCCAUGGGUGCAGAUCCAUCCCAGCGCUCCAUCUUGCAGCACUCGAGUGUCAUGAUGCAGUCCAGUGGCAUGGGCGGUGACCGGAAACAACGUGAACUCUACAUCGGUAACCUACUGACGGGCGUUGUGACUGAGCCCGUCUUGCGGGAAUUCCUCAACGCCGGCUUGAGUAUCGUCUGCGCCACUCCCGAGACGACACCACCGGUGGUCAAGGUGGACAUGUCAAACGAGGGUCGCUUUGCUUUCGUGGAAUUUCGGACCGCAGAGCUUGCAAAUGCUGCGCUAUGUCUGGACAAGUUUGAUCUCAUGGGCCGCUGCAUCAACGUCGGUCGUCCCAAGGGCUACAUUGCCGAUGGCUACACGGCGGUUCCAGGCUUGAAUGGUGGACCAGGCCGUGACCGCCCCGUGGGUCAAGGACCACCACCAGCACCUGCAGCGGGUGGUAUGGGCAACAGCAUGGGUGGCAGUCGGAGCGCUGGUGGCUAUGGCGGCAGCAGUAACGGUGGCGGCUAUGGCGGUAGCAGCAGCGGUGGCGGCUACGGCGGUGGCAGCAGUCAUAGCGGCGGACGUGGUGGCGGCCGAGGAUUUUCCAACAAUUCGGCCAACCUUGUCCCUCUGGGCAGCCGUACCGGUGCUCACUGAAGUAUCCUGUUGACCCACGAGACCGGUCCCAUCAUGGCAGCAAGCUCUCGGACCCCGCUUUGACACGUGUUGGUCCUUUGGGCUACUCAUCCCUUUGCGCGCGUGUUCAUCAAGAUAAAGCCGCUGCUUGCCUACCUGCGGGCCUGCCCGCUUCUCCUGU